GCAAUCCUCGGCUGAUUCCGCUACGCUCCAGUGCGCGAGACAUCCGAGUAGUUCCGAGUGUUUCGUAGAGGCUAAUUUGUUUGCUAAAGUGAAAGCAGGACCACCUCACGAUGAGUUUCAGAGGACUUUGGAAAAAUUCUCAAAUAAAGAAGUUGGGUCGCUUCUGUAGGCAUUUCAGCAAAGUUAGUGGUCUUCAUGAUGUGGUCAUCGUCAGUGCAGUGAGGACACCUAUAGGCUCCUUUCAGAGUUCUCUGGCAGCGUUGAAGGCCCCUCAGCUGGGAUCUAUAGCCAUAAAGGAAGCAGUGAAGAGAGCAGGUAUCCAGGGAGAUGAUGUUAAUGAGGUGUACAUGGGAAAUGUCUGUCAAGCCAUGGAGGGACAGGCUCCCUGCAGACAGGCUACCCUGGGGGCUGGUCUUUCAUUGUCAACCCCAACCACAGCCAUUAAUAAAGUGUGUGCCUCCGGAAUGAAGGCGGUCAUGUUGGCAGCUCAGAAUCUGAUGUGUGGACAUCAAGAGGUGAUGGUAGCAGGGGGUAUGGAGAGCAUGUCCAAUGUUCCCUACUACAUGGCAAGAGGGGCCACACCCUAUGGGAAAGUGGAGCUCAAGGAUGGGAUAGUGUUUGAUGGGUUGACUGAUGCUUAUGAUCACUGUCACAUGGGUAAUUGUGCAGAGAACACUGCUUCUAAAUACAAAAUCUCCAGACAAGAGCAGGACGAGUACGCUAUACGGAGCUACAAAUUGAGCCAGGCUGCCGCGCAGGACGGCGUAUUCCAGAAAGAAAUCACACCAGUAGAAAUACCCCAGAAAAAAGGAGAUCCAAAGAUAGUAACUGAUGAUGAGGAAUAUAAGAAAGUCAACUUUGAAAAGUUUGCAACAUUAAGAGCUGUAUUCCAGAAAGAAGGUACUGUGACAGCGGCCAAUGCCAGCACACUGAAUGACGGGGCCUGUGCCCUGGUGCUGAUGACAGCCACUGCAGCUAACAGGCUCGGGGUUACCCCUCUGGCAAGGAUACUCGGGUUUGCUGAUGCAGCCAGACACCCAAUAGACUUCCCGACCGCUCCAGCCCUAGCCAUUCCAAAGGUGCUGGAGAAUACAGGUGUGAAAAAAGAUGACAUAGAUAUGUGGGAGAUCAACGAGGCCUUCAGUGUGGUGGUGCUGGCCAAUGUCAAAGACCUCGACCUUGACAUGAGCAAGGUCAACAUCAACGGAGGAGCUGUCAGCAUCGGCCAUCCUAUUGGAAUGUCGGGAGCUCGAAUCACAGGUCACAUGGUUCACAAUCUGAAGCCCGGUCAGAAGGGAUUGGCUGGUAUCUGUAACGGAGGGGGCGGGGCAUCAGCCAUCCUUAUAGAGCGACUGUAAUCGACAAAGGUGAAGGACAGUGCUAGUGACUGUGAUAUCCAGAGCAGCUUGAAUCUCCACGACCGAGUAACAACAAAUUACAGUAGACAUUAUAUCAAACUCUCUGUUCCUCAUUCGUUUGAUGAACCUGUUUACUCUGACUAAGUGUACAGUGAAAAUCAUAACCUCAAAAUUGUUCUAAAAUGUGUGAUGUUUUUAUAAUCAACUAUCUUUUAUGGUUGCUGGUACCGUAAUUUUUUUGUGGGAACUUGAAUCAUGUAAACAGUAUUAUUUAUAAAAGUCCAAUUGAUAAUGAAUAUAUUCAGAAAAUUGUGUUUUGUACAAUGAAGUUUACAUGUAGUUGUACCAAUGUAAUGCUGUGAGAAAUCAGAAGUGGGGCUACUAAAUUAAUGGAAUGCUAUGUAAAUCUGGUAUAUGUAGUACAUGAGUUACCUGUACAUCUUUUUUGCCCUGUACAGUAUCUGUAUAAAUAUGAGAUGUUUUAAAUCAUUUAUUCUGUGCACCAUGAAAUUAGAGUUUACUUGUACCUUAAAUAUUAUUCUAUUUUCAAAAAUAUUAUCAAUCUUCUUAUGCAUCAUUUUAAUUCUCAUUGAACAUAAAAUAUUCUUUGAGUAAUUUAGGCUGUCCAGAGAACCCCCAAUCUGAUCUUUCUCCACUCAUUAUAUUAGCAAUUUUGCCACCCUGAACGAAAUAAAAGAUUGCUUUCCUGUAGGAACAAGUAUAUUUUUUGUUUCUUAAGAUUUUUUAGGUUCUGUUAAAAAGCAAUAACGAUGCACUUUAACUCUGUAUGGUAGUGAAGAGUUAUUGUUUCUAAGAUGAACUGAGUCUGAAUCAGAUCCAUUGGCUCAAAAAUAGUCAGAAAAAAUGGCAUUUGUCUUGGAUUUGUAACUUUUGUGUGUUUUAUGUGUGGAUUUUAUUGAUAUUUCACAUUACUGAUUAACAACACAUUGAAAACUCAGAUAAUAAAUGAUGUUAACUUAA